CUGCAAACUUGGCUGCAAACAGCUGAUCCUACUGUCAUUUGGGUGUGUGUAGGUGUUGAAAUUCAUCAUAGCCGUUCUGUCCAGUGCUAUCGGCUUACAACUUAUUACUGAAAUAGUGUUUAAACGAGAAAAGUCUCGAUUUCCAUUAUGGAUUAUAGUCCUGCACGAGUAGAAACUGCUGAAAAUGUUGCCACCUUUUCUACUUCUCGGAAGAACAGUGUCAAGAAUACUACUUUUCCAGAAACUCGACCGAUGACUUGUUCAACACGGACACAGGGGGAUGGAAUGGAAUUUGUAACGGAUGAUAAAAUAGAAAAAAAACAAAUCAAAGUCCGAUUAGGCGAUACGCUGAUCUAUCACCCCAUGAAUCUAAAGCAAACAAAUUCUACGCCCCCAGUUACACCCGUUGGUAUGAUAGUGAACCUUACUCCUAAGAGUGUUUCCCAAAGUAAAAAAGAGAAACAGAUUUUAAGUUCACUGAAAUCAAAGGAACCUAAAUUUGUACCAUACGAACCCUAUAAGGCUGCUGUCAACCCGAUCAUUCCUUAUGAAAAAAAGACUAAGAGGGCAUCGAAGAAUAACUUGGACAUUAAUGUCAUGGUCUCUCAAAUGGCUAUGUUGAAGGCAAGCGAAACAGAGAAGAAAAACCAGGUUUAUGUCAACAAUAAGGAUUACAGUCAAGAAAUUGUCACAGAUCCUGCAGAGAUAGUUAGGAAGUCUUAUGAAACUGAAAUCCAAAAGCUCAAAGAGGAAAAUGCUCAACUUGAAAGUCAGCUAAAAUUUCAAGCACAGGUGAAUGGAGAGCUAAAAAAUCUAUUAGUUGCCGCUGUAGGAGAAGACUUGGAAACAAAGGUUCAUUUGUUAACCGAGGACAAACUACAACUUGCUCGUGCUCUGCUCAGCUCUGCGCAAAAUUUGAACACCCAUCAGGAGCAAACGGAAUGGCUGGCGGGACAGUGUGAGGUUUGGAGAAGCAAGUUUUUAGCUAGCAGCUUGAUGGUGGAAGAACUAGCCCGGUGGAAAGCUGCCCUCUGUCAGAGAACCACAGACCUCCAGGAGACAAUAAAACGACUAUUGGAAGAGCGUAGUAAAGUAAGAGAGACUUCUCUUAGGACGUACAGGACACUAAGUAUACUUCGGGAAAACUUCGACCCAGUUGGAACUGUAUCUAAUCGAAGACAUGAGUUGCCUAGUACAAAUAUUAUAGACUUGGCUGAAGGAUCAUGUCAGCUUACAGAGAUUCUCAAAGUUCAGCUACUUGCUGGCAUGGAUAAAAUCAAUUUGAGGAAGGAAAUGAAUAUUGUUGGCUUGGAGAUGAAAACUAUUGCAGAAAGAAACGCUGAGCAGUUCAAUCAAAUGGUUUCAGUUACUAAUGAAUCCGAAUCUAUUGCUAUCUGGGAGACAAGAUGCUGCGUGUAGUGCUGUCAUGGGUGCAGCAGUGGCAGUUGGAGGUCAACUUUUUCUCCCGUCGAGGUCCUCUUGUCCCAACAUAUCCUGCUGCCCACACUGCAGUGGUGAGAUUAAACAGAUCUGAGGUGAAUUAAAUACAGAGGAUAUUGCCAAUGCUGUAUUACUAAUGAUUGACAUAUUACAGACUAAAAACUGCUAAAAUUAUUGAUACACACAAAUCAAGUGCUUCCAGAUUAUACAAAGAUACUAUUUCUAGAGAAUCAUAUGACUCAGAAUCAAAUAUGUUGCUCGUUAAAAAAAUACUAUUCAGUUUAUUAAUAACAUUGAUAAUUUGUCGCCAAGAGCUGAAUAGACUAGCAUUGGUAGCUUCUGAAGCUAUACUCAUUAUCCAAAACCCAAGGACACGUGUACGGUGACUCUAGGAUUGAAAGCACCUCUUUUUUCAUAGUUUUUUUAUUUUUCUUGAGCCGUAUCAUGCUCAUCACAAACAUAAUUAAUGAUGCAACAGCUACUGGUUAUGUACGCUUCGAGCUCAUUUAUAUUCCAUUCCAUUAACCUACACGCACAGAGAUAUAUUUUUUAAGUUUAAUAAUUUCUUCACGUAGAAAUAUAGUAUUAUGAUGGUUCAUAUUAACUAGAAGCUUGUUUCAAAUAUACUAUUUUUGGCUGCUGA